UGUGGUCACACAUGGUAAACUUCUUUCCACUGUCCCUACCUUCUCCCCUCUUCUUUAUUCCUUCUUCUGCCCCCUGCGCACCCUCUCCACCUAUUUUCUUCUUUAGUCUUCCCAAGUCUUCCUACGUUGCUCUUGGACCCCUCGCUCUCUCUUGCCAACCUCUCCUUGCCUUGCUUCCUGCUUGGAAACUGCGCGCGCGCGCGCGCGCACACACAGAGAGAGAGAGAGAGAUUAAGUCGCUUCUUGGGAUCUCCAUUGCCGACCACAUCCCCUUUCUCCUCAUUUCUCAUGCGUACAAGACAUCUCCAAAUCCCACACUCUUCCUCUUUCCUCCCCUCUUCCCCCUUUCCAUCUCCCUUUCCCUUUUAAACCCCUUUUCCUCCUUUCUUUUCCCCCUUCCAAUACCUCCCAUCUCCCACAUUGCCCACUUCUCCCUCAUCUCCUCCUAAUCACUUAGAAGUUUCGAUCUUUCCUGCUUAAUCGCGUAAACGAGACAAUUUUUCCACCCAGAUUCAUCUUUCUUCGGUCCAAAGUUUCGAUUUUUACGUUGGAUUGAAGCAUUCUGCUUGAUAAAAAUCUCUCCUUUUUCUCUCUAUUGACCAAAGUUUGGAUUUUUGGGUUGGAUAGAGGUGUUAGAUCUCGGCCGAUAUGGGCGGUCAGCUCAGCACUGGAACGCCGCCAGUCCUCAACGUCGACGGCGGUGGCGCCACCAGCGCCUCCGCUGGCGGGCACAGCGGCAUGGAGUACUUGGCCGGGCUGAGCUCCUACGAGAUGGCGUGCCGCCUCGAUCCGGAGCUCCGAUCCUUCGACGACACUCUCCAGGAGCGCACCAGCCGUGUCAUCUCCACCCUCGCCCACGGCGUGGAGUUGCGCUCCCUCUCCUUCGACUCCCUCAGGCAGGUCACCGGGUCCCUCCUCGAGAUGAACCAAGAUGUGGUCAAGGUCAUCCUCGAGGGCAAGGAGGACAUCUGGAAGAACCCCGAGCUCUUCAACCUCGUCGAGGAGUACUUUGAGAACAGCCUCCAGACUCUAGACUUCUGCACCGCCCUCGAGAAGUGCCUCAAGAAGGCCCGGGACAGCCAAUUGAUCCUCCAUGUUGCCCUCCAGCACUUCGAGGAAGAGAAGGAGGAGGUGGUGGAACAAGACUGCAAGAAGAAGUAUUUAAGGACUUUAGAGGAAUUGAGGCAUUUCAAGGCUGCCGGCGAUCCUUUUACAGAGGAAUUCUUCAAGGAGUUUCAGUCGGUCCAUAGACAGCAGCUAUCGAUGCUUGAGAAGCUAAAUCAGCGGAAGAACAAGCUCAACAAGAAGCUGAAAUCAAUCAAGACAUGGAGGAAGGUCUCUAACAUAAUUUUUGCAGCCACCGUUGCCACCAUUAUUAUUUGCUCGGUGGCUGCCGCCGCUGUGGCUGCGCCACCGGUUGCUGCAGCUUUGGCUGCUGCAGCCUCCAUUCCUGUGGGGUCGAUGGGAAAAUGGAUUGACUCAUUGUUCAAGGACUACCAGGAGGCACUGAAGGGGCAAAAGGGAAUUCUCAGCUCCAUGCAGGUUCGCACCUACAUUGUUAUAAAGGACUUGGAUAGCAUCGGUGUGCUCGUCAAUCGCUUGGAGGAUCAGAUUAAUGUGCUGCUGGAGAAUGCUGACUUCGCCCUCAGGGAUGAGGAGGCAGUGAAGUUUGGAAUUAAGGAGAUCAAGGAGAAGGUGGAGGUGUUUACGAAGAGCAUCGAGGAUUUGGGUGAAAAAACAGACCAGUGCAGCAGAGAUAUAGGGAAGGCAAGGACCGUUGUCUUGCAGAGGAUCAUUAGGUGUCACGGACUAUGUACAUGUCAAUUGUUCUCACCUCUUGCUUUCGUGAAUAAUAGAAGGAGUCUGAGUAGUCUUGACUGAUCUCGUGAAACACCACCUUUCUUUCAGAAGUACAGCUGAGGAUGGAAGCCCAUGCUGCUUGUAAGAGUAAUAAUGUUGGGUGUGGGGUCCUUGAAGAAGCUUGCCAAAACUCCAGAAGCAAAGACAACAGCUAGGAAAGGACCAUUGCACGAGCCAUGAUGAUCACUUCAAUGCUUUCCAAGCUCUCAUACUUGUUCUGUAUAACCUGUAAUUUUUCAAUUUUUAAGUUCUCACUUGUUCCAGUUGUUAGGAUUAACUCUGAAAGGGGCUGCAUUCUAACUUCUACAUUGCCUUCAUUUCUACAGAGAGAUUGUACUAUGAUAAGGUUUCACCUAAUAAUAAGAAUCAUAUAGGAGGUGUUAAAAGAGUGGUAACAAAUUGUGAUA